UACACAUAUCACGGGGGUACACAUAUCACUGUGACACCGCCAUCUUGAAGACAGUGCAUGACAGAAAGAAAUGUAGAAUUUGUUCUUUAAUUCAUUUAUUUGGUGGAUUAGAAAAGCUGGUAAUUAUUUUGGAAAAUAUUAUAAGAAGAUUAAUUUAGAUCGAGAUGUCGGGGCCCAAUGCAAAGAUUGGAAUGAAAGUGAAGGUUGUUGAGACAGGCCUGGUGGGAACUGUGGCUUAUGUCGGAUCGACUGGAUCGACUAUGUUUGCCUCAGGAAAGUGGAUCGGAGUUAUUUUAGAUGAAGCGAAGGGAGAAAACGACGGUUCAGGUAAAAACUUUUAAGUGUGAAUAUAAAAAUGUUUAUGUCGUUUCAAUCGUGAAUGGGGCUUGUGAAAAAGGGAAGCUGAUCUUAAAUCAAUAGUUAAUCAAUAACUUAACAACAGUUAAUCAAUAACUUAAAUUUCCAGCCAUUUUUACCCAUAGUGUACUCCUCGCAUAUUGUACAAUGAAACCCUAGGAUACCAUCCGUGAUUUAUGCAAAGUAACUUUAAUUAUAGAGAAAUUACGUAUACAGGUUCAAUUAUUGAUCUGGAAAUGAUGUAUACUUUCAAUCUCAGAGUAUGUGAUAACUUUUAGGGAAUCUUUGUACUCAUUUAAAAAGUAACGCUCUGGUACAUAGUAGUUUCAAGUAAGUUAAGUAACAUUUGGAAAUAAAUAUCAAGCUAUGUGCCAAAUGAGCAUAAGGACUUUAAUAAGGAAUAUUGAUACAAGGUCAUGAUAUUAUGGACUGAAGGCUUUACCCUUAUCCUCUUUCGUACUACUUAGGCAGGCUUGGUAAGUUUAUUAUUUUAUGGGAUUUAUGCCAUGCUGGUUCUUUUCUCUGUGAAUAGCUCUUCAGGUUACUUGAAUUUAAUGAGCUUUUGCUGUAAUAUUUUUUCAAUUAUGGAAGCAUCUCAGACAGAAUAGGCCACCUGUGCAAGGUGGGAAGAUAGGCCAAACUUGCCUGCUGGGUUAGUUGAACAAUACACAGCAUUUGCCUCAUUUUACUUAUUUGUGUUGUGAGCUAUUUCAUGAAAAAUAUUUUUUAAGAAACACUAUCUCGCUAACUCCACUUUAGUAUAGUCUGUAGCAUUUUACCACUGGCUAAGAAUUCUUUAAUAUGAUUUAGUUCAGGGAAAAGAGUAUUUCAAAUGUGCUGAGAACCAUGGAAUCUUUGUGGAUCAGUCCCAAAUAGAAAUUCUUCAGGAUGUGCAAACCUCCCUAUUGUCACCUUGUGGAUUGUUAACCUGCAGCAGCAUUGGUGGAGGUACUUCCAUUCCUUUACCAUCAUCAAUGAGAAGAGAGAAGGUAGGAUUGAUACUUUCAUGUUUUUAUGAUACUUAAUCCUCCCUCUCCCAAGAUCUCAUCAAUAAUUCUCCCUACUUUCUAUGAAAUAAUUCUUACAAUGAUUAUUUGGAGACUCUGGUAUUAGAUAAACUAAUAAUCUUUUAAAACAUAUUUUUAUUUAUUCUCAUCACUUGUCUGCUUGAUAUUGUACUGAUUUUGUAAGAAGAAAUUCUGUCUUGGUCAUUCAUGGGUAUCAAAGGGUUUUCUGGUAAAACCCUUUCCCUAUUCAAUCCACUGUUACUAGGUUAUCUGAUGUAAAUUUUGUAUCAGCAUGGCUUGUUUGUGUUUUUGUUUUUAUAUUCAAGUGGGUUUAUAUUCUCAUGAAUUUCUUCGGAAAUAAUUUGAAUAAAGAAUUAAAAACAAUAGUUCUACAAUUCUGUCCUUAAUUACACUAUAAAGGUUCUAUUUAUGGAGUUAUGUUAGUGGUAAACAAAACUAAAAAAAUACUAGUUACCAUUGAUAGGUUGUGCUUUAAAAUGGUGAUCUGAUAUAUUAUAAAGGGGGGACUUCUUAAAAAUUUCAGGAAGCUGAAACAGUUAUGGCUGAACUCAAAGAACAGUGUGUGUGUGUCUGUUGUCUCCUUUGUAUUUUUAACUGUUCUUUUUUCAUUUUUUAUAGUAUUAUUGGUGGCUUUUCUUAGAAUGAUAGUUUUGAAGUGCAACUCUCAAUCAAGAAUUAAAAAUUACCACACAAUUUCUUAAAUUGUUUGUAUUUGAAAGAAGUACUUGACUAUUCUUGUCUUCCUUACUUUGCAACUUCCUUAUUUGCUCUGUACAGGCCAUAAGGUAACCUAGUUACCUCACCUGUUGAACAAUUAAAAAAAAAAACUCUGACAAAGAAAAGAAGAGAAACCCUAGCACUUUUCUUGAAGUCCAGGGAUGCCAUGGAUGAUAACCAGUAGCUUCCUCUUGUGUCUGUUUCAAGAAAAGAACUAGUGAUAAAACUCAUGGGAAAGUUUCCUUUAUCUGAUUUUCCAAAGAGUUGUACAUGUAUCCUAGUCUCAGGGCAUACAGCAUGAAAGCUUAUCCAGUUAUAAAUCUAUUAGACAACUGCUGUUAAGACAACUUCAAAUGAACGCAGAUUGAGUGUGCUUGGUUAAUUUUUGUAUCAAAAUU